AGAGGGAAAGUCCAGACACACAGCGGACUGGAGUAGCGAUCACAGCGGACGUUCACUGACGGAGUCUCCUCCUGAACCGAAAGAUACGAUGGCUUCAUCUUCAGAAUCUGCAUACUUCACCCAGCAUGAAAUCAAUGAACUGCAGACUACAUAUGAGCAGGGUGAGCUGAGCAAGUUUACGACACAGAUGGAGAAGAAAUUGAACGAUAUAAAAAAUGCAGAGCUUAACAUCGCUGUGACAGGAAAUUCGGGUGCAGGUAAAUCCACCUUCAUCAACGCCAUGAGGGGGCUGCGGGGCUGCGAUGAGGGUGCAGCUAAAAUCGGGAACAUUGAAACCACAAUGGAGCAAACUCCAUACAAACAUUCCACCUUCCCUAAUGUUUGCUUCUGGGACCUGCCGGGAGUUGGAACAACAAAGUUUCCAAUGAAGGUUUACGUGAGCAGAAUGGGAUUUACUACAUACGAUUUUUUCAUAAUAAUCUCACAGAAUCGAUUCACCGAAAACGAUGCAAAGGUCAUCGAGGAGAUCAAAAACUUGGGGAAGAAGUUCUACUUUUUACGAAGUCAAAUUGACAAUGACCUCAAUACUUUGGAACAGCAGGGUAUAGAUUUUGACAGAAUGACGGAACUUGCUGAGAUGAAACAAGACAUAAGUCGCAGAUUGAUGGCAGCGGGGAUUUCAGACCCCAUUAUUUUCCUGAUAUCAAACUUUUCCUUAAAUGAGUUUGAUUUUCCUCAGUUAAAGGAAACGCUUUUAAAUAAUCUCGACGGAAUAAAGAAAGAUAUUUUAUUGAUGUCACUUCCAAGCACAACAGUGAAGAUUGUGGAGAUGAAAUGAGCCCAGUUGAAGAAACGUAUCUGGAUGUUGGCAACAGUCUCAGGAGCUGUGGGAGCGGUGCCUGUUCCCGGAUUGUCUGUCGCCGUUGACCUCGGGAUAAUAGUCGCUGCAAUAAUAGGUUUCCGCAAAAGCCUUGG